AUGCCGGCUCCGGGCCAACCAAAAAAGCAGGAAGCGGUUCGCAAUCAUGGUCGAGUGGAUCUCAUGCAGAAGAAGGCCCGCGACACUCGAUUUUUCGUGGCAGCCUUGCCUCUCGGUUCUGGGGCAUCUUUCCGCCAGAGCGGGGAGAAGUUCGCCGUGAAACGGAUGCCGAACAGGUGGGUUCGCGAAGGACCUACGGAAUUCAAUGAACAGUACCCGACAGCCUCAGAACGGCCUUGGGUGGAUAUCGGCCUGGUGAGGCAUUUGAAUUCCAUCCGAUAUCCAUACGUUUGUGAGCUCAUCGGUGUCUUUCGUGACGAUGAGAACACGUACGUGACAGUUUCAUUAGCGACGCAGGGGGAUCUCUUCACCUGGUGCGAUCGGGAUCCUCGCCCAGGACCUUCGAGGGAGGCGGUCAUGCUCCCGAUUGUUGGGCAGAUUUUCACAGCAGUUAGGUGGCUUCACGACUUGGGUGUUGCGCAUAGAGACUUGUCGCUAGAGAAUAUUCUCUUGACCGAUGCAGAAGGCUCGCAGCAGGUAAAGCUCAUCGAUUUUGGAAUGUCCACCACAAACAGGGUCUGCAAGAAGGAGGUCCGUGGUAAGCAAUCCUACCAGGCUCCCGAGAUGCACGCGGCUGCCGAAUACGAUGCUUAUUUGGCAGACGAGUUUGCGCUGGGUGUGGUUCUCUUUGCCAUGGCAGUGCAGGAUUAUCCUUGGACUUCCACCAAGAAGAAUUCAUGUCAGCUCUUUGAGUACAUCUCAACGUUUGGCUUAAUGAAGUUCUUGAAGAAGAGGAAGCUACGCAAGGGCACGGAGCACCUCUCGGAGGUCUUAAGUGCCGAGCUGGCUCAGCUCAUCGACUGCAUGCUGCAGUUGGAGCCCGGCAACCGGCUUUGUCUCGGCGAGUCCUGCUUCAGCGGCGAGGCCCGCCGCACGGUGUGGGACGAGGUGUGGAUACAACCUUUCCAAGGCACGAGAAGCUUGCGCCAAUUGUGCCUGCCAGUGUGUUGUGACCUGCAUGCCAUGACAUCUGCCUCUACAGGAGGAAAGUAG